CCUACACCGCGUGGGUUGCCGCAAGCUUAGCUUCAAACCUCAGUUUAUUAACCGCGAUUUGAGUUACCGGAAUUCGCGAAAGUGUAUUAUUAAGAAUAACUCCAUUAAAUGCGGCAGAGUAAAGCCACAAUGUUGAAGGGAUCCUUGUUAGCAACACUGUCGGUGCGAUUGAAACUGGAUGAUCGGGCUGGCCGGAAAUACGCCUGGUGCACGGACAUCGAACAUCAUCGCUGAGCUGGAAAUUCAUGACGCCCGAGGGAGGGGGGGGAGGGGGGCAGCGAACAGCAGCGAAAGCCAGAAUCGCGGCAACUCCGACGACCUCCGCAUAAGGCGCCUCGUAAAAAUGACGGCAACUUUCUUCCAGACGGAUGGAUGGCUAUGGAGUCUGAACGUGGCCUGUAGCUUGUUGAUCAGUUGAUUGAAGUUAACGUUGCAGACCUUUCAGAGUUUUCGACCAACACUUGGUUUUUGUAUUGAUUUUUCCCCAGGAUAGGAUCAUUCGGGGCUCUGCCAGAGACGAGGGGUCGUUCCGACCACAAAAAGACAUCGAGAGAGAACCAGAAUGCGGCGCGACGCUUCUAGGGAGCGCGUGUUCUUCCUGCUCGUGCUGGCGGGGGCACUGCUGCUGCUGUCAGCACUCAUGCUGCGUCACGAGAGUGCCGCGCUACCUACGCGCACGUUCCGCGACGGCUUCACGGUAGCUGAGGACGUCGUUCGCCGCACCGAGAUAGUCCCGACGGGCAAGAAUGCGACAAAAGCGCCGACGGCAGAGGAGGACGGUGCCGCCGAACCCGAGGAAGCUGAAGUGCGCACAACGACCAUCAAGACCGAAGACGGCGACGAGAUCACCAUCAAGCGUGCGGCCACGUCCAAGGGUAACAAGAUAACGACCAUCUCCCGGGACGAGAAAGGGAAGCUCACAAUCGAGGACACGACAGCCGAGGAAGAGCGACAAAUAGAAGCAGAGACUGACGUGGGAGCCGAGCAGACGCAAGUGGGAGAGAAGCAGGAUACACCGCUCGAAGAUAUCCCAACAGGCUCCCCCAGUGCGAUUUACAAGGAGGAUACAGGUACUACAGUCAGACGCGGCGAGGAGGAAGAAGAGGAGGAACUAGAGGAAGAAGGAAACGCAGAAGAGGAAGCGGUGGUUGUUGAAGCCGGCAAAAAGGUGGUUGUGCAGGUAAACCGGUCGCUGACCAAAGUGAGUCUGUCGGAUGUGGAGGAGGCGACUGAUGAGAAAGCCACGAGGUAGUGCAGGGAGGUCUUCACCGUCGCCCUGCAUUGGCUGGCUGGUAUUUAUGUGGGAGAACCGCUCCGUCUUGCUAGGAAUUGCUGACUAAUACACAAGAUAAUUAUGUACAUGUAUACUGUUGCUUUAUGUCAAGUAACCUAGCAACGGAUCAAAUUUCUGUGAUG